AUGUGCAAGGACGUCCUCCACGAUCUGCUGGUCGAUCUGCCCAAGUGCGAGCAUCACAUCCACAUCGAGGGCUCCCUCGCGCCCGAGCUGCUGUUCCGCCUCGCCGCGCAGAACGACAUCCCCCUGCCCGCCGACAGGGAUCCAGCCUUCGCCGGCGUCGAGGCGCUGUACGAGCGCUACCGCAACUUCACCUCGCUCGACGACUUCCUGCACUACUACUUCAUCGGCUUCUCCGCCUUCGGCCUGAGCGUCGACGAGUGGCGGGGCAUCGCGACGGGCGCCGUCGAGGGGAGCUGGUGCUCCGCCGCCCGGAAGGAGGAGCUGGUCAAGGAGGUCGAGGCCGUCGUCGCCAGGCACCGGGGGCUGUUGGCGACGACGACGGCGGCCUAG